UGGUGGUGUAUGGCUCCUGACGGUGAGCCACCCCGGACGAUAAGGGCAAUACUAUAAGGGUGACUCUGGGAGUGCUUCUCUGGCCAGUGUCAGUGCUGCACCGUGCCGACACGGUGCAUAGGGGCAGUCCUAACUCCGCAGGGAAGCGUUAUGGACGUGAUCAAUGUGGACCCGGCUGCGACCAUGGUGACAGAGACCGUGGUCAGUAACGCUGCCAAGGAGCUGGAGGCGAGGCAGCAGCCGCAGGAGAAGGACAUCCCCCCGCCAAGAGGACAAUAUGGACCUGCAAUUGCGCUCAUUAUUGCGUCCUACACUGGCUGCAACCCUGUACUCACAGUUGCCAUUUUAACCCUUGGAAUGGGCAUGAAUGGCGGCAUUUAUUCAGGUUUCAAAGUAAAUCACCUGGAUAUUUCUCCCAGAUUUGCUGGCAUUCUGAUGAGUUUCACUAAUUGUACUGCAAAUCUUGCUGGACUGUUAGCACCUGUCACGGCUGGCUACAUAAUACACGGCAGGCCAACUCAAGCAGCAUGGAGAGAAGUUUUCUUCAUAUCAGCUGGUGUUUAUGUCUUCUGUGCUACGUUCUACCUAAUAUUUUCAUCGGGUGAAAGACAAGCUUGGGAUGAUCCCAGCCUCGACGCACCUCGACGAGAUCCUGAGGCAAAUGGAAAUGGUCAUACCAAGAAACUUAAUGGUGUUGACAACAAUGGAGCAGCAAUAGAAGAAACACAGCACUAAAUUGGGGUUUGUGUUAAGGUCUUGCCCUUAGCAUGGCUAAAUGUCAGGCAGAGUAAAUUCAAUCUACCAUGUAAUGUAAGCGGCUUGCUGCUUGUAAAGUGGCAACAUUUCGGAUAUGCACGUUUCAAUUAUGCUGCAAGAUAUUCAAUUUUAUCCUUUGAUAAUUAUCGUACUGUUUUUGACUGGUAUGUUUUGAGCAAAAUAGGUCUCUUGGCAUACAUACCUUUUUAUGAUAUUAGUAGUACAUCUACCUUUAUUUCAACUGUUACUGAUAUCAAAAGCAUUUUGUGAGGAAACAACGUCGCCAUAGUGAGCUUAUUUAUUUUCUUACAUUAAGAAUAUGCAAAAUGUGGUGGUUAUGUUCUGAAAAGUUUUUCUACAAAAAUGUACAGUAGAGGCUUACAACAGUAUUGAGAGUUUGAGUGAAAGUAAGAGUGUGCAUUUAAUUGUCAUCUUUUCCUUUAAUGAGCAAUUCAAAUUGUUUGUAAAGGUGGUGAGCUGUAAAAAUGUUAUGGUUUGUGAUAUUUUAUACUCCCAGAUUAUCAAUGUGAUUGAAAGGUGUGUCUGUAAAAUCAGAAAAUAUUUUAUAAAGCAAGACUUACAUUGGUAAUGUUGUGAGUAGUACUAAGCACAAUUAGUAUUUCCUUCCUAUCAACAGGAGUAUUUUUAUCCCUUGUAGUUGCCUGUGGCAGAGGUUGGUUAUUUUAUCUAUCUUUUUGACCUGAUAGUUUCAGAAGUUUUCCUGCCAUCGUAAGUUAGUUAGUUUAGGUAAGAUAUUAGCUGUGAUACUCAUCAGAUUUAAUGUAUAACUCAUUUAAAUGAAUGAAGGUCUUUUUAACUAUGCAUGGUUUGUAAACAUCUGGUGCUUCUCAUUCUAUGUUAAGAACCAAAAUUUACCGAUUGUCGUAAAUGUUUAUGUUGUAGUUAUUCACAAAUCAAAUGUUUGAUUUUAUUUUUCUGGAUCAUCAUCAAUUAAACCCAAACACCUUGAGUUUAUGAUGUGGUUUUGUUGUAUUUUCUUUGUUAAACAAUUUCACAGGCACUAUUGCAACAAACAAGAAACAGUAAUCAAUAAAAUGUAGAUUCCAAACAAGUCUAGCAUCUUUGAAACACAAAAGUGCUCCCUACUUGUUUUUUAUUGGUUGUUGUCUGAGGAAAUAUGAAAUGAUAAUUAUUUUUUCUUAAAAUACAAAUAGUCAUCCUACUGAAAAGUUUGGACACAAUUACAAAGAUAAUUUUUCAUUUUUUUGGUGUAAAGAAAGUAGUUAAACUACAACCCCUUUUUAAAUAAUUUCUGCCUGUAAAUUGGUGCUUUACAUAAGUCCAAAUUUAUAAGAAAAUAAAUUUCUUAAGUAAUAUUCAUGCUGUAAAUAGACUAUAAUUUUUGGUUUGCUGUUUACAUACAGCAUCUUUGAAGUAUUUUCAGUAUUAAACAUAUUAGAGAGAACCAGAAGGGCAAAGUAUAGGUGUUGAAGUAAAUUGUUGUCAAAGGGUGGUAUUCUAUUGAAUGUGCAAAGCUGUCAUGAAUCAUUUGUCUUAAUCUAAUUAGGACAAAUGUACACUAUUUUGGCUAUAGGCCCAGUUUGUAUCAAAAUGCAGGCUUGUGCCCUUAGUGAAAAGCUUGUUUAAAAGCCUCAAAAACUACGCGCUUGGCAUAAGUAUUAAAUGCGGUGUGUAAUUGUUAUGUUGUACAAAUAAAACUAGAACUUGAUAAUUUCAAUGUUCCUUUGAUAUGUUAACCAGAUUGGGUUACAAAUUGUUUAAUGAGGUGGUAACUGUUAAAAAGGAAGCCCUUCGAUAGUUCAGUUGCCAUAACAUUGAAUUUUUAUGAGACCUUGUUACCAGUAGUCAAUGUGUCUGACUAGCACCUAUCCUCUGUAUAUUUUUCUAAUUUAAGAUAAUUGUUAAAAUAGAUAAUCAGAAAAAAGGGCACAAUUAAUUAUUCUGUAAACAAAAAUAAAACACUUUUUUAUUUAAAAAUA